GACUCCAUUUUGGGAUUCUGCUUCUCACUAUAGUAAUAUUAAUUGGAGUCAUCCUGACCAAGAAGAAAUUUGCGGUUUAGAUAUGGGAUCAAAUUUUAAUAUGGGUCAAGAAUUAUAUGUUGGUAUGGAAUUUGAUACCAAAAGCGCAGUAAAAAAUGCAUUACAACAAUAUGUAAUGAAAGUGCAUCAAAGUUUCAAAGUUGUUGAAUCUAAAUCAUAGAAAUAUGUCGUCUGUUGUGGAAAUAGAAGCGAUGACAUCCCAUGCCCUUUUUAUAUGAGGGCAAUUUUAUAAAAAAAAAAACUAAUACAUGGAAAGUUACGCAAUGGGGAGGACCACACAGUUGCUUGAAUAUGAGUAUAACUCAAGACCAUGAUAAAUUGGAUUCUGAUUUGAUUGCCACUUGUGUACUAGGGAUGAUCAAAGAAGAUCCGUCACUCAAGAUUUCUUUGAUUCAAGAGAGGAUCAAUGGAAUAUUUAAUUACAACAUUUCUUACAGGAAAGCGUGGAAGGCAAAGCAAAAGGCAAUAACAAUUGAAUAUGGCGACUGGGAUGAGUCUUAUGUCGUUCUUCCGUCAUGGCUGAAACACAUGCAAAAUCAUUCGCCAGGAUCGUAUUAUCAAAUUUGUGAUGAUGAUUUUGUUGUUGGCAAUACUGUCAGUCGUGAACACCGACAGUUCCAUCGAGUCUUUUGGACCUUCGGUCAAUGCAAAGAGGCUUUUAAAUAUUGCAAACCAGUCAUACAAGUUGAUGGUACAUUCAUGUAUGGGAAGUAUCGCGGUACGCUGUUAAUUGCAACAACACAAGAUGGAAAUAGUCAUGUUCUUCCGCUUGCAUUCGCUGUGGUUGAGGGAGAAACAUUAACAACGUGGUCAUGAUUUUUGGCACACUUGCGUGAACAUGUCACAGAUAAAGAUGGUAUCUGUCUCAUUUCUGAUCGUCAUGCAAGUAUAAAGUCAGCUGUUGCGAAUGAAGCACUCGGGUGGCAACCUCCUCAUGCGUAUUACGUGUAUUGUGUGCGCCAC